AUGAAUAGCAGGAAACCGAGACAAGAGAUAUACUAUAUCCAACAUUGGCAAGGUGUUCUGUAUAGACAACUAGAAUGGAAGAGAUCUGGAUGGUUCAUUCGACCAAUCAGAGUUAGCGAAGCGCUUCUCUUCGAGGACUGCCGCGAGGAAGAACCGGCGAAGAUAAACGCAGUGGUGGCGGAAAUUGAAUACGGCAUCAGUCGACGCCCAAAGGGGGACAAAGGGGCCAACAAGGCGCAAGAUGGAGGUCGGGGCGGCGGGGGCAGUAAGCCAAACAUCAAGAAGGCACAGUUCGAUACAACGAAGAAGAAGGAAAUCGGAGUGUCAGAUCUUACUUUGAUCAGUAAGGUCACCCCCGACGCCAUAAACGACAACUUGAAGAAGCGCUUUGAGGCGGGGGAAAUAUAUACAUACAUUGGACAUGUGCUGGUUUCUGUCAAUCCAUUCCGGGACUUGGGAAUCUAUACACAGCAAGUCCUGGACAGUUAUAAGGGCAAAAAUAGGUUAGAGAUGCCACCUCAUGUGUUCGCGGUCGCAGAAGCUUCCUAUUAUAACAUGAAUGCUUAUAAAGAGAACCAAUGUGUCAUUAUUUCCGGAGAAUCGGGGGCGGGGAAAACCGAGGCUGCCAAACAGCUCAUGCAAUACAUCGCCAAUGUUUCUGGAGGCAGUAAUUCCUCAAUUCAGAAGAUCAAAGACAUGGUUCUUGCGACCAACCCUUUGCUGGAAUCUUUCGGGAACGCGAAAACCCUCCGAAACAACAACUCGUCCCGUUUUGGGAAAUACCUCCAGUUGCAAUUCAACGCGCAAGGAGAGCCGGUCGGAGCAGACAUCACAAACUACCUGCUAGAAAAGUCUAGAGUGGUUGGGCAGAUCGCAAACGAGCGGAAUUUCCACAUUUUCUAUCAAUUUACGAAGGGUGCUUCCCAGACCUACAGGCAGAACUUCGGAAUACAGACACCAGAGACCUACCUGUACACAAGCCGAUCGAAGUGCUUGGAUGUGGAUGGGAUCGACGAUCUUGCGGAAUACGAAGACACUCUUAACGCUAUGAGGGUCAUUGGGUUGUCGCAAGCUGAACAAGAUGAGAUAUUUAGGAUGUUGGCUGCCAUAUUGUGGACUGGCAAUAUUCAAUUUGUGGAGGAUAAAGAUGGAUAUGCUGCAGUCUCAGAUCAAUCGGUCGUCGAUUUCUUGGCUUACCUCCUUGAGGUCGAACCUCAACAGAUUGUUCAAGCUAUUACUAUCCGAGUCCUCACCCCUCGAAAUGGCGAAGUCAUAGAGUCUCCAGCGAAUCCCUCACAAGCUUUGGCUACGCGAGACGCACUGGCAAAAUCAAUCUAUAACAACCUCUUCGAUUGGAUUGUUGAGCGGGUAAAUGUCGCAUUGAAGGCUCGCGGGACAACAGCCCACUCCAUUGGCAUUCUGGAUAUCUACGGAUUCGAGAUCUUUGAGAAGAACAGCUUUGAGCAGCUGUGCAUCAAUUAUGUCAAUGAGAAGUUGCAGCAAAUCUUCAUUCAACUUACAUUGAAGACGGAGCAGGAGGAGUACGCCAGGGAACAGAUCCAGUGGACGCCUAUCAAGUACUUCGACAACAAGAUUGUGUGUGACUUGAUCGAAGCCACUCGACCUCCCGGUGUGUUCUCAGCAAUGAAAGAUGCUACGAAGACUGCGCAUGCAGAUCCUGCUGCAUGUGAUCGAACCUUCAUGACGGCCAUCAAUGGGAUGUCGAAUCCCCAUUUGACUCCACGACAGGGCAACUUCAUCAUCAAGCACUAUGCUGGUGAUGUCGCUUAUACUGUGGAUGGAAUUACGGACAAGAACAAAGAUCAACUGCUCAAAGGUUUGCUUAACCUCUUUAGCCAGAGCGGCAACCAGUUCCUCCAUUCCUUGUUUCCCCACCAGGUCGACCAAGAUAACAGGAAGCAACCCCCAUCUGCCGGAGACAAAAUCAAAGCUUCCGCAAAUGAUUUAGUGGCGACCUUAAUGAAAGCCCAACCGUCUUAUAUCCGUACGAUCAAGCCGAACGAAAACAAAUCACCCUCCGAAUAUAACGUUCCGAACGUCAUGCAUCAGAUCAAGUAUCUCGGUCUACAAGAGAACGUUCGGAUUAGGCGUGCUGGCUUUGCGUAUCGCCAAACGUUCGAUAAGUUUGUGGAGCGAUUUUAUCUUCUAUCCCCCCAAACAUCCUAUGCUGGCGACUAUACAUGGACGGGAGACUCAAAGUCCGGGGCGAAGCAAAUCUUAAAGGAUACCAGUAUCCCCCUAGAAGAAUUCCAAAUGGGUGUGACGAAAGCAUUCAUCAAAGCUCCCGAGACCUUGUUUGCGCUGGAGCAUAUGCGAGAUCGAUAUUGGCAUAAUAUGGCCAUUCGCAUUCAGCGAGUCUGGCGAGCAUUUUUACGUAUUCGUAUCGAGGCGGCCACUCGCAUCCAGAGAGUAUGGCGGAAAAAGAGAGUUGGUGCCGAAUUUCUCGCACUCCGAGACAAAGGUCAUAGAGUUCUUCAAGGCCGGAAAGAGAGAAGAAGAUUCAGUCUUCUUGGCUCGCGGCGAUUCAUGGGCGAUUAUCUCGGUGUCAAUGCUACCAGUGGCCCUGGGGCUAGAAUUCGCAAUUCAGUUAACCUCCCAGCCAAUGAGCAGGUGAUAUUCUCUUGUCGUGGCGAGGUCCUGGAGACCAAAUUCGGACGCUCAAGUAAACCAAGUCCCAGAAUCCUGUUGUUAACUCGGAGCAAGUUCUACGUUAUCAGUCAACAUCUUGUGAAUAAGCAAGUCCAGGUCGGCAUUGAACGGGCUAUUCCACUGGGUGCCAUCAAAUUCGUCAGCACAUCAACUUGUCAUGACGAUUGGUUCUCUUUGGGUGUAGGGUCCCCCCAAGAACCAGAUCCGCUACUGACCUGUGUUUUUAAAACCGAGCUCUUUACACAUCUACAAUCCGCCAUGCCUGGUGGUGGAUUUAGUUUGAGGAUCGCAGACUCGAUUGAAUAUGCCAGGAAACCCAACAAAAUGCAGAUAGUCAAGGUGAUGAAGGAUUCGACUGUACGAGAGGAUUUCUAUAAGAGUGGAGCAAUACAUACAACCCAAGGGGAGCCACCAAACUCAGUGUCCCGCCCAAUGCCCAAGGGCAAGCCAAUACCUGCGAAACCGUUCACUAAAGGCCGACUUAUCAAACCCGGCGGGCCGGGUGGCCGUCCUUCCAAACUGAGCAGCACGACUAGAAAUACCAAACCGGUUUCUCAGUCGCAUGCGCUUGCAGCUCCCACAACGCGAACUGUGUCCCAUCCAAUUGCAGCAGCUAUUCCGAGCCAUACUAGAAAUACUCCCUCAUCUUCUUCUGGCCGAUCUGUACCUCCUCCUCCACCGCCAGCUCCGCCAGCCGCACCACCGCGGGAACCACAAUAUCGCGUCCUGUACGACUUCAACGGGCAAAGUUCGAAUGAGGUCACCUUGAAAAAGGAUGAUCUUAUCACAAUCAUCCAGAAGGAGAACAAUGGUUGGUGGCUGGCGAAAACAGCAUCCGGACAAGGCUGGGCACCCUCAGCAUACCUUCAGGAAGAAGCGCCGCCGCCACCCCCACCCGUCGCUCCCGCCGCCAGACCCAUGCCUCCACCGCCUCCCAUGGCUAAAACAAACGGUACAAAUGGCUCGGCAGCGAUCCGGUCAAAGCCUACACCCCCUACUCCUCCUGCGAAGAGACCAGCUGCGGGUCGAAAACCGGCGCCACCUCCAGCGCCACGUGAUUCGGGCAUGAGCUUGAAUGGAAAUGGCACCGAUAGUGGGCGUAGUACGCCUACGCCGAGCUUGGCUGGAGGAUUAGCGGAAGCCUUGAGGGCUAGACAGAGCGCUAUGCAGAAGGGGAGGGAUGACGAGGAUGAUUGGUAG